UGCGCCGCCGUGCUGCGCUUCUGACGCGCCCGCCAUGAAGGAGCACCGAGUCCGCGCGCUCCGCGUCACCACCACGUCCAGCAUCAAGGGCAGCAGCGGCGUGGACGUGGAGGCGUGCGGUAGUCUCCAGCUGUUGCAACUGGAGCUGGAACUGCGCUGCACCAGAGCCGGGGGCUGUUCCCGGGUGCCUCACCACACGCUGCAUCACGGCACCACCACAGCAGAUGAUGACCAGGACCAAGAUGCAGUGCUUCGGGAAUGUGCUGCAGCCAUCACUAUCGAGGACUUCUUCAGGAAGCCAGACCACGACGACCUGUCCGCCAUCAAAGCACAGAAGGGCGUGUCACUUCUGGGCAGAGCAGGAAUUCAGGAUGCCUACGAUCGUCUCUAUGACGCCCUUGUCGCAGCGGCGCUGCUGCUGGCCGCCAGCGUCGCGCACCUCGACGACGCGGCCGACCUGACGCGCGAGCUGCUGCACGCCGGGGCGCCCGUCUGGGGUGGAGGUGGUCCAACAGAAGAGGAUUCAGAGGAUUCGACAUUUGCAGCCUUUCUGCGUGCUGUGAUGCGCCGCCGCCGUCUUGACAGUCGAGCACAGUAUACACUGCACUUGCUCAGUGAGGCCAUGGGGGAGCAGCCAGCGCGCAUGCACCGCACUGUCAUGCGCACGAUGUUUCGGCAUGCCAGAUGUGUCAAGGUGCUAGGCCCAGUCUUCCUCCAGCUGAAGUCGCAAAUGAAGCGUUACUGGACACAGCCCCUGGAAUUGCGUUUCCUUUGCCGCAAAGCCAUCAGAGGUGCAGUCGGAGCUCAGCGUCUUGCACAAGGUGGUGCAGCUCAGCUGGGGCUGCCACCACCCCUUCAGAAAUAUGUUUGUUUUGAGUUGCAAUAGACCACGUGAUCAGUGGAGCAGGAAAUAAUUCUUGGUACAACUCUUUGAAACUCCAACAGCUUGUGUUUAUUAUUUUGAUGUGCACUUAUUCAUCUUGUGCUUCCAGCACUGAUCAUACUAGAAAAGUGCACACAAAUACUCCGAAGCAGAACUCUUGAAUUUGAAUUUCAUAGUUGAAUGGCACAUUUGCGACCAUGCAUUCAGUUAUCCGUGUGACUAUUGUAACACCCUUCUCUUGAUUGUAGAUGGAAAUGUGCCAAAGGCUACAAACGCUGAUGAAUGUUAAAUGACAGUAUUAUUAAUGUAUUGACUGAGCAUAAAUGUAUAACAAACAAGUUAGCAAGUGAGUUUGUAACAGGUGUCUUAUUCUUAGCACAGCACUCUUUUCAUGUAGUGAAAACAAAAUUCUGGUAAAGAAGAAUAUUUACAUCCAUGUUACCUGUAACUGGUCGCAAUGUUUAAACAAAUUGCUCAGGAACUUUCUAAACUUACACAGGUUUCUUUUUUUCAUAAUUAAAAGGUGAUAUGAUCACCUAACUCCACUGUUAUUUGAAUCAGUAGUUAAUGUCAGUACAACAAUCAGCACAUAUAUUGGUUUGUAAGAAUGCUUUGAUGCCUGUUUUAUUAACAUUGCGAUUUGCUAAAUGUUUGUAAAGAUGACCUUCCUUUAAAGAUGUUGUUUCAUUUAUAUCAGUUACAAAAAUUGAUAUAAUUUUAUAUCAUUCUUGGUAGAUAAAACCUUUACCAAUACAAUAACCAUACAAAGUGAAGGUAACAAUUCAUUUCCUGUUUAACAAAACUAAUUAUUUAAGCUUCACUGCAAAACACAAUUUUACAGUCAGUUGUCUUUGCUCCCACAAAUACAGUGUUCUAGUACAACAAAGGAUUUAACAAUGUCCCCAUUGUAUAUACGUCAGAUGCUGCUGAAAAGUAACUAUCCAGCAGCCUUCAGAAGUUAUUAUUCUACUACAUUUAAUAUCCAGAGACUGCUACAUUACUCUUUGACUGAAAAAAAAUUUUUUUUCCUUCUGUUUCGUUAUUCACUGUAGCAGUAAACAUAUAUAUUUUCAUAUCUAUCAACUCAUUCAUCACAUAUUGCUAUGACAUGAUUUUAACUUCCUUUGAUCAGGUAAUGCACUGCUGCCUGUGCCUUGUAAGUUAAACACCAUUAAGAGUAUCUGAACACCAAUGUCUGAAAGCAAUAACUUUUUUAAUGUGAGUGCAUCAGUUAUUACAGCAUUUUCACUUGGAAAUGCAUUUGUAAAAAUUUUGUAGGUAUUGCCUUUAGAUGACACAAGUGCCCUUCAAUAUUCAGAGACCACCAAAAAACAUUACUUUAAUACACUAACUUCUCACAUUUUUAACUACACUUGUUCGUAUAGAGCUACAGGAAGUUUGCAUUUCAAACCUCUUGUUGUCUUUCAUUAAUAAAAAGCAAAGAAAACUGGAUCUGCUAAUAUAUUUUGAAUUGCAGUAGUGCAUUGUGCUCCAACUUCCACAUGAUAACACACAUAUACAUUAACAUCAAUUUUAAAACUGCUCUCCAUAUAAAUUAUAAUCAGUGUGGCAAAUACUGCUCAUAUCAUUUUCAGUGAAUUUUUAUAUGCACAGCUGUUCUAACAAAUGUCAUGGAUAAUUUAACAAUGACAAGCCUUAAUAUCUUUAUGCAGUCAGUUUAUUGUUACAAGAAUACAGUCCUUCACGAUUUAAGUGCCAUUCUUAUUCCUCUAAUCACAUUGUUACAUUUAUAUCUCAGGACAUAUAGUGAUAAUAACUAGUGACAAUUGAACAAAAAUACUCACACCUGGAUGUUAUAGGAUGCCUCUGUUUACUCCAUUCAUUAUAGAAGAAUUUUUCCAUAUACCUAUUUUAAACAGAAAAAUCACUCUAAUGGUAAAUCUUAAACAGGACCAUUAAGCAUCACUUUCUUUUACUGGUAUCAGCUUAGUUCAUUAUUCUGCUACACAGAUACCUCGCAUUAUAUCAUGCAGUAUUUUCCAACAAAUGUGUUUGUUAAAAAAUACAGUGGUAACCAUUUUCCUUAGAGAUUAUAUAUAUUAAAGAAAAGGAUGCUGGAUUCUUCUUGUCAUCCAUAAACUUUUCAUUUAAAUUUUAUUUUUACUAUAAUGAGCCCAUUUCACAUCUACUGAGAUACUUCCUUAAUACACAUAUAAACCAUUGUCCAUACAGCAUAGCCUAGGAGCUACUACUUUACAACUGAAUGUAUGUGCAGUAUUUGUGUGCACUUUUCUCCAGCACUGUCACACAUAUCAAUUAAUGAUGUCUGCAACAAUGCAUUUGAACCAGUGAAUUAUUGGACAGACACUAUUCAUUUGUGUAACUGCACUACAGUUCAACACGUUUUUCAGCAUGAAAAUUGGUAAUAAAAUAUACCAAAAUUCUGUGAUCUGUAGCCAGAACCGUGGAGAGCUACAAGGAUAAUUUUUUAUCCAUGUAGAAACAAUGCCUUCAUACAGAACUGUGAAAAAAAAGUGUAAACUAGAGAUGUCUUGAUAAACUGUGAUGUUUAUGUGUUUAGUAGGUUAUUCUAGUUGUAUAGUUUGUAAUAUAAGCUAGAACAGUGUUUGAUAAAGUGUGAACUGACUCUGAACAAUUUUACAACUAGGACAUUAAUCACAGCUUAUGUGAUGUAGAAGAACUGUCGUUUUGUACCAUAACCCCAAGGUAUAUGAGUAAAAGUAGUGACAAUUGUACAUAUUAGAGUCUGAUCACAUGUGAAGAGGCUUUCGUAAGUGUUAGUUUGCAUCUAUGCACAGAGAGAGAGAGAGUGUGUGUGUGUGUGUGUGUGUGUGUGUGUGUGUGUGAAGGGUAUUUGAAUGAGCCCAAGAGCAAAUUACACAUCAAGGGUACUAGCUCUUGCAAGUGAGUAUGUAGAGUCAUGAGCACAUGAAUGACUCAUAAAUGGUUUUACUCUUGAAGUAGAUAUGGUUAUACUGAGAUAAGGAAUACCAUAAACAGCUGAUUUUUCAGUACAGUAAAACUACAAUAAUCCAAAAUAACUGGGACCAAAGCCUCACCAGAUGGCACAGUUUCCAUCUCAUUAUUGUUUUGAGUUGGAAGUAUUAGUGUAUCUUUCAGUACCAUAUCUGUCAAGAAAGUACCAAUAUUUAUAAUAAAUAAUAUGUUAUUUUCUACUUUGUGCUCAUCAUUCAAUUAAAAUUAGUAAUUACAUUUUGCCAUGGAUUUAGAUACUUUCUUUCAUUCGGACGAGACAUCUCAAAUUUUGGAUUAGUGAUGUAAUACUGUAUUUACACUAAAACUAUUUUCUUGUUUUGCUUAAGUGUAUGAAACAUAUUUUAUCAGUACUCACUGCCACAGUAUUAGUUUUACAGAGAAAUGUCUUAUAUAUUUUUCCUGACAAGAUUUCAGGGAUAUUGCUUUGUUUCUACCUGGCUAUGUUACACUGCCAGCUUCCUGAUGAAGAUGUCACCACAGGUGUGUGAACAAUUGGGAAGUGUUGAAUUUUCUGCUUUAAUACAUAGAUUGUAGAAUACCGCAUGUACAGAUCUUAUAACUGCGAACAAUAAGUGUUCCUCAUUGUUUAAUACACCACAACAUUUGACAUGUAUGGUGUAUUAAAAUAUUAGCUGAGAAGUAAAACUGGAUUCCUGUUUGAUGCAUAUGAUGCAAAGCAGGACAGCACAUUUGCCCUUAAAUAUUUCAAUUUGUCUUAUUUGUAAAUUUUAUACUAGCUGAAUAAUGAACUCAGAUGAAAAUAAGUAUUGUGUUAUUCAUCAUUUUGGCACAGUUAUUACUUUUCAGUUUAAUUGCAGCACCAUUGUAUUACACUGUUACAUUAUUUAAAAUAACUACUUAUUUGGUCACUGAGUUACAUGUGGCAGCACAGUCAAUUGGUCUGAAUACAUAUUCUGAAUAUAUAGAUAAAAAGUGACAGCCACAUUACCUAAAUACAGACCAAAAUUUCACACCUGGUUUUAUAGAAAAGAAGUCACUUCUUAUGAUUAUUUUCUUGUCAUAGAUGAAUAAUAUACAGAGCUUCCAGGUGAGGUUAUUGCAUGUUUUCCUAAUAGAAUAUGCAACUGGUAGGAAGUAGAAAAUUAUUAAUCAAAAUUCUGACCUUAAAAGAAAGGCUGAAAUAAGACAGUCGUGUAAUCCUAAUUAGUGUUGCUUCACUCAUGUCUCUUUCUGAAGCUGCAUUUUCUUAGUUUGUGGUGUUCAGAUAUUUGUAUUAAUAGUCAGUGUUUGUUAUAGGAGUAUAUUCUGUAAGCUCCAGAUGCAAAGGCUGUGAAGUCAAUUUUAAAAUUAAAAUGUGUUCAUGAACUUCA